CCCACGUUCGAAACUCCCGGCCGCCACUCGCCGGGCGGGCGGUGCAGGGCCGCUCCGUUCGUCGUUUCACGGCCGCGGGAGGAGGCGGCUGCCGGGCGCCGUGGGCUCCCAGCGAUGCGGGGUAAUGUCUUACCUGGGACUGAGAUAUGGAAAACAGCGAUGUAGUGAAUCCUGUACAAGAACCCCCCUUGUGCUCUGCAGACUGUGAUGGCAGAAACCCCCCCAGCUCUGUCUGCAACUUGAAUUCCAACAGAGGUCCUUCAUCCAAUCCCUGUGGAGUUUCUGGUUACUCAGGGAAUACCAGGUCCUCAUUAAAGCCUGGUUCUGUUGAGCUGCUUGCCUCCUUUAUGCAAGAUAUCCAGAACAUUGGACAUGCUAACUCGGAAAUUGUGAGGAACUGUGAGACAAGGUGGAUACAGCUUCUGAGACUGGUAGAAAAACAAUGCCAGGAACAAAUAAAUGCCCAGCAAGAGCAGUUCCACCAUCAAAUCCAACUGAUUCAGGAUGAGAUAAAGCAGCUGGUGAGGUUGCAGAGCAGCAGCUGGGCCGGGGGCCGGGCUGUGCCCUCCCUGCCCGGCCCCAUGGGGAUGUGCUCGGAGGCGCUGGAGGAGCGGGAGAGCCUGGGGAGGCACCUGGCAGCCGGAGAGGGGGAGAGCCCGGCCGGGGCCGCGGGGCUGCCGCGGGGAUGUGCGGCCAGAGAGGGCUCCGUGAACAGCGACAGCUCCAUGAACAGCGGCUACGGCUCCCUGUCCGCCGAGCCGAGCCCGGCCCUGCCCGGGCCCUGCCCGGCACAGCCUCCCCCCGGGCCGCGGCUGCACGGGGGCGGCCCUCAGAGCCAGGGAGAGCCGCCAGCACAAACAGCAGAGGAGAGUCCUCCAUCCGCAAGGGGGGAUAGCUUGGUCUUUCCUGCUGGCUUGGAGCAUAAAGCUGAUGAAGAUCAUCCAUGUGGGAAAAAAGCCAGUAAAUCUUUAACAUCAUGGGCACAAAAGUUGAAACAAACCCAACCAAAAAGAGUAACUGCAGAUGAAGGAUGUGUGAACUCUAUGCAAGAAAAUGAGAGAGUGAAGAGAUUACCACUUGACAAUACAAACCUUACUGAUGCUGCUUCGCCACCAUACACUUUUUACCUCAAUCAACCCAAAGAAAGUCCAAAUUCUGUAGUGUCAGAAGCUUCAGGACUUUCAUACUGGAAGUUAGAUGAAAAGGAGAUGUAUCACACUUUACCAGAGAAUUUCAGAAGUGAGUUGCCUGAUACUUUUGUGGAGAAAACAUCACCAGUUCAGUUGUCUUCUGCUGAUGAAAGGAAGUUGUCAUCACUGAAGGACAUUUAUCAUAAAAGACAAAGGGAAAAGCAGCAGCUGCCAGACCAGAGUUUUAUGCCUUCUUCCCAGCCAAGUCACCCACCAGAGAUUUUGACGUUGGACCCAACCCUGCAUAUGAAGCCAGGCCAGCAGAACCAGGGACUCAGUUUUUCCAGGACUCCUGCAGACUCUGCUCCCUUUUCUCCAGACUCUAUGGCAGAGCCCGGAUUUCCAAGUCAUUGUGACACAGACUCUUUUUCACAGACAAGUCAUUCACCUCAGCUGGAUGAUUCUCCAACACACCCUGCCAGCAGCAGAGCUGUGCACUUGGACCUGUGGAGAAAUCACCCAUUCCAGAGUGAACACAGGGCCAGCUCUCCCUUCCCAGUGGCUCCCAGGAAUGCUGACAAUGACCAUUCUGUCAACACUGAAGAGGAAGAAACACUGACUCUAACUCCAUCUUCUCUUACUCAGUGUGCUGACAGCAGUUUGCCAGAUUGCAGCCUUUCAGUGGCAUCUCUUGAGGAUCCUGUGGUAAUGUCAAAGAUUAGGCAGAGCCUGAGGGAGAAGCACGCCCGACACAUCGCUGAUCUACGAGCUUACUAUGACUCUGAGAUCCAGAGCCUGAAACAGCAGCUGGAGUCCAGCCACAGAACUGCUGCAUCUGAGGAGCUGAAGAAAAUCAAUCAGAGCCUUGCUGACAGGUGUGACCAGUUAGAUUCAGCUCUGAAUGAAGCAAGUGCUCACAUAAAAGCCCUUGAAAAUAAGAAUAAUCAGCUAGAAAAGCAAGUGGCAGACUGGAGGGAGCGUUUCUGUGCCCUCAGUGACAGCUCCAAGGCCCUGCAGGAGCGGCUGGAGGAGAUGCGCGCGAGCCACAAGGAGAAGGACAACGCCAUCAGCCGCCUGCAGUCCCGCCUCAGGGAGCUCGAGGAGGCCUUUGAGAAGGCUUACAAGCUAUCUGACAAUAAAAACACCAGGCUCCAGGAAGAAAACAGAAUGUUCCAAAAUCUUUUAGGAGAAUACGAAUCCCUUGGAAAAGAACAUGAAAGAGUAAAGGAUACAUUAAAUACAACUGAAAACAAAUUGCUUGAUGCAAACACAGAGAUUUCUGAUUUGAAAAGGACAAUUUUAAAACUUGAAGCUCAGCUCAAGCAGGUGGAACAUGAAAAUGCCCUGAAACUUCGCCAUAUAAGUGAAAAUCGUUUCACAAGAACCUCUUGUGCCAACAAGUUGGGAACUCCAGAUGUCAGCAGGAGAAAGUGGUUGAUACCAGGAGCUGAAUAUUCCAUUUUCACUGGGCAGCCUUUGGAGGGCCAGGAGAGCCCCAAAGACAACAGGCUGGAAGAAACCUAUAUUCCUUCUAGGCACCAUUCUCCUCCUGAGAAAGACUCCUCACAGGAAGACUCUUCAACCAACACAAUAGGAAAGAAAGAAAAUGAGAUGGCAGAAGCACCAAUUCUAAAAGCCUUUAAAGAACUUGAAGAAGGAAAAAUUCUUAAAGAUUGGGGUACACAGACAGAAAAAGAAGAUGCACCAGCUAAACCAUCAACUCGACGUCAGACUGUGGGGUUUGUUGAACCUUCCUUGGUUGCAAACAGAUCUCCAGAGAAAGGGAGAGACCAGCACAGACCCAAACGGUUCAGCUCCCCCUCUGGCCAGAGGUCAUCGUCCCUUCCUCCUGCCAACAGGAAAUCCAGCACUCCCACAAGAAGAGAGAUAAUGUUGGCACCAGUGUCUGUGACAUACAGCCCAAAACGAUCUCCAAAGGAAAACCUCUCUCCUGGAUUUAGCCAUUUGCUCAGCAGAAAUGAAAACACAGUGACAAGGUUUGAUAUACUUCUAGAUGACCUGGAAACUGGUGCUACUUCUACUUUACAGCACAAUAAUCCAAGGAAAAGGCUCCAAUUUCAGUCACUAGAUGAUGCAGAAGGAAGGCAGCAUUCAGGUGUCAGGCAGAGCCCCUGUACUGAAUCUGUCAGUAAUGGAAUGAAGAAAGCAGCAGCAGCCUGGGAGGAGAGGAGCCAGAGACAUGAGGCAGUGCAAUCACCUUGUGAGGAAGACUUCAAGUACACAGCAAGGAUUCCAACUCUGGCUGAAACCGAGAGGCUUUUUGAUGAGCUGACUCACGAAAAGCAACAGAUUGAGGCUGCACUCAGCCGAAUCCCUUGUUCUGGUGGAAGAAUGACCUUGCAAGCAAGACUAAAUCAGGAAGCCCUGGAAGAUCGUUUGGAAAGAAUUAACAGAGAUUUGGGGUUAAUACGAAUGACUCUGAAAAGAUUUCAUGUUUUGAGAACCUCUGCAAAUCUUUGACAGUUCUCUCUUGACUGCAAAUAUACUUUUUUUUUGCACUAAUAUAUAACGAUGCACUCAGUAAAUGCAAAUUGUUUUGUAUUUUUAUAAACCCUGAAAAGUAGUUUUGCAACCAUGUUACCCUUUACAAACAGCAAUAUUUUGUACUUCAAACAGCCACCUCUAUUUUAAACGUAUUUUGUUACACCUGAGAAAUCAAUGUUUAUCCUGUAUUGUAAUAUUUUUAGAAAUAUUAAUUAUUUUUAAAUAGUGAUAUUCAAUUUAUAAUAAGAAACGAAAAGGCAGCUUGUUUUCAGGAAAAAAAAAAUGGUAGUGUUACCCUUUUGCACUUGGUUUUCCUCCACUAUUUUAUAAAUAUUUAUGGUGUGAUGUAAAUAUUAGCCAAGAGGAGAUUUUGGACUUUAAUACAAAAAGCAACAUGAAUUAACCUGUGUUAAAGGGAACCACUGUUCUGUGGUAAAUCCUUUUAAUUUCAACCUUUUCCAUGGGUGUUUCUCAUUGGGACAGAACUGUGAGCAAUACUUGCACUGUGGCUGGCUGGGGCAGGAAAAUCCUUCUGUGCUGGAUGUGAAGCCUCCCAGCAGUGCCAGUGAGGGGUGUUGUGAUACUGUGAGUGCCAGGAUUCACCUGGCAGCAGCUCCUGCCUCCCAGUGAACAGCUCAGCUCCAGCUGACACUCCAGGACUGCAACUCCUUCCCUGAAGUUACUGGGUCCCUGUGCCAGGCUGGGUUUUGUGCCAGUGAUCUGUUCGUGUACAUUUCAUGUAUUUGUGAACAUAAAUUAAUUUUUCUUGGUGGAAAAAAUAUAUAUUUGCCAGUUGACAUAUUGUUGCAUUGCUGUCCAACAUUGAUAUUUUGGUUUGUAUUUUAAUAUUAAAUAAAUGUUUAAUUAGA